AUGUCAAGGAAAGAUUUCAUUACUCGUGUGCUUUAUUUGACUCCGACGGCGGGCUUGUGGCAAAUGCGCUACAUCUACAGGUUCAUCUCGGCAGUAUGUCCACCUGCGCAGUCGAAAAUAUGGGCUGGAAAACUCAAGCAGGGUGAUGUUAUAUUCAGCAACCAUCCUGAAUUUGGCGGAACUCAUCUGCCAGACAUUAAUGUCAUUACACCAGCUUUCAAUGGCAAUAACAUAAUAUUUUACGUUGCAUCCAGGGCGCAUCAUGCACUCCCGGGUUCCAUGCCCCCUCAUUCGAAAGAGCUAUUCCAAGAAGGUGCGGCGAUCAAGUCAGAAAAGCUGGUUUCUGGAGGUAUAUUCAACGAAGAACUCGUUACCCACCUCUUAUAUCACCAACCUGCACAAUAUCCUGGAUGCAGCUGCACAAAAUGUCUUGCAAAUAAUAUAAACGACUUAAAAGCUCAAAUUGCCGCAAAUCAGAAAAGAAUCAACCAUAUAUCGAUGUUGAUCAAAGAAUAUGGGAAAGGUACUGCUCAAUUCUACAUGAAUAACAUCCAAGACAACGCGGAACUUAGCGUAAGGCGUCUCUUGAAGGCAGAUCUUGUGGCUGUCGACUACAGGGAUGAUGGAAGCCCAGUUCGUCUGAAGAUAUCCAUCGAUGCAGAGAAGGGUGAAGCAAUUUUCGAUUUUGAAGGCACCAGCUCUGAAGUCUAUGGGAAUAUCAAUGCACCGGAAGCUAUUACUUACUCUGCCAUUAUUUGCUGCUUACGGUGUCUAAUAUCUGAAGAUAUUCCAUUAAACCAAGGGUGUCUCAAGCCCAUCAAUGUGCGAAUCCCAAAAAAUAGUUUUCUUUCCCCAUCUGAUAAAGCAGCAGUUGUUGGUGGUAACGUUUUAACAAGUCAGAGAGUGACCGACGUGAUUUUAAAAUGCUUCCAAACUUGCGCUGCUUCCCAGGGGCGGGAAUGUUUCAGGAGAAAAGAAACCAAAGGAUUUGGGUAUUAUGAAACAAUCGCUGGUGGGAGUAGUGCUGGCCCAGACUGGGAAGGGACCUCAGGAGUCCACACCCAUAUGACUAACACUCAAAUUACGGAUUCUGAAGUGUUUGAACGAAGGCAUCCCGUAUUAAUAAGAGAGUUCUGUUUGAGACCGGGGUCUGGUGGGAACGGUCAGCACCGGGGUGGAGAUGGCGUGAUCCGGGACAUCGACUUUCGAAUUCCAGUACAAGUAUCCAUUCUCUCAGAGCGCAGGGUGUACCACCCACAUGGUUUAAAUGGAGGCGGGGAUGGCCAAUGUGUACUGAACAUUUGGAUGAGGAGGACACCAAUACGAGGGCAGCCAGGCAAAUGGAACGUCAAGGAAAUAAACCCGGGAGCGAAGAAUACUGCGAAGAUAUAUCCUGGAGACCGCAUAGUUGUAAAAACCCUUGGGAGAGACACAGGAGACGAGCGCAUGAUCUUAAAAUGGUUACUUGCAAAGCGGCACUCGGGUGAUGAUCACCUUGAACCCAAUCAGUUGGUUGAUACUGUAUCAGUUGGAAAAACAGAGCAUAGUUAG